AUGGAUAUGCAAAACAACCAGCUUGCGAAGGAUCAGUGCGGACACCCCGUAAUUCUGACGCCGGAGUUUUAUGUGAAUACGGGAUCUCCGGUAGAUUUAGACACACACCCAGAAGACAUCCAAAUCAAGGGCAACUUGGCCAAGCCACAAUUUCCGUCUAUUGAGAGCGUACUCCAAGAUAAUCCAGGUGGUUUGAUACGCCGCGGUGCUAUCAAAAGGCCUAGCAUGAAGAAGAGGCAUGAUAGCCAUGCUUCUAAAACGUCUGUUUCCACUUUGAACUCAGAUCAUGCUUCGGUAGACGGUCGAGAUGAAGAUAUGCCUUCUGAACGCCGCUUUAGCUUUGGACAGAUUUCCGAUCAGCCGUCCUCUGAAUUCACUGGCCUAGCAACUACGGGAGACUAUACGAGUAGCCAGGUUCCGGAAGGUGCCCGCUCAUCGGAUGUUCGUAGGGUGGAGCUCUUCGAGACUUACAUGACAGUUUCGAGGACGCCUCGUAAUAUGACGGUGACUGUUAGUCGCCCUUCACGGUUUGUAGAGCACCUGAAUGAAUCGUCUGAGGAGGUUUACCAGUACAAAGGUAAGGAAUAG